CCUCCCUCCCUCUCACCUCGACAAUGGCCUUCCACCCUGCACAGCCGUACGCCCUCCAGCAGCACCUCCGAGACGGCAGUAUGGGAAUGGGCAUGGGCAGGCAGCCGGGCUCGGCCGCGACGGACGCCUACGACGACUUUCUCGACCAGUAUCUGACCUUUGAGGACACAGACGCUAUGGGUGGUGGUGCCGCUGGGGCUGGCCCAGGCGCUGGCAAUGGUGCAGGCGCCGCUUCCGCUGUGGUGGUGCAUGCCCAGUCCUCGUCUUCGCCCUUCCUUCCUAGAUCAGCGAUGGGUGCACCACACUCGGAACCUUCUCCGCCGCGAGAUACCGACGAACUGAUACUACAAUUCCCCCGACCCCCGCAGCAGUCGCCUCAGCACCAGACCGCGGAUGACCAACAGCAGCAGCAGGAAGACCGUGACCAGGACCAUGAGAACGAUCACGAGCACGAGCACCACCACCACCAGCAGCAGCAGCAACAACCACAGCAAGCCUGGGCCUCAUUUCCCCCGACUCAUGCAUCUCCGCCGCUGCGAUCCAGUCGGGGACGCCGACAAACAUUCGCCGAACAUUGCAGCGCGCGAGCCACAAUCUCCGAUUCGGACCUUCUAAGUCUAGAAGGCAUACAUCUCAAAUCCCCACGCUACCCGCCGUCACCACCACAGAACCCGCGUCCGUCCACUGCUAACACAGUCAUCGGCACAUCAAAGACACUUAAUAGCAAAGCCAGCAAAGGCUCCCUCAGCGGCUCCGGACCCUCUCUCCGUAGAAAAAAGGCCUUCUCCCGCUCCUCAUCGAAUUUCCACGCCAAAGACCUCCCCGCCACCCCAAACACAGUCACAACCAUCGACCCGCACAUCCGCACCCCCAGCCGCUCCGCGAGCCGCGGCGCCAUCCGGAAAUCCGUAUCCUCCAUCAACAUCUCCCCGGCGAAGAUGCAGGCCCAGUCCGUCGCGGCGCUAGACGAAUGGACGCAGCGCAUGGCUGUCGCUGAAGCAGCAGCCUUCGAAUUCGGCUUUGGACAGGGUUCUGGGAUCCCAAUGACGCCCCCGCCGAGCGCGAGGGUGAGCGACACGAGCAGUGCGAGUGAGCGCGAGAUGGGCGGCGGUGGCGGCGGGUCGAGGAGUGCGUUGGCAAUGAGCCACUCAAGGUCGCUGUCGCAGACGCAGCUUGCGGCGAUGGGGGCGGCGAUCGAUCAGGGGAAUUUACCGUGGACGAGGCCACCGCAACAGCAGCAGUUUACGGUUGUAAGGAAUGGGAAAAAGUUGCAUGCCCCUGCUGAGGUGGGGGAGAUGAAGUUUGUGGAUGCGUUUUCGUUGCCGUAUGGGGUUGGGUGGGGCGGUGGGGAUUUUGGCGGGGUGUUGCAGGGAACGGAGCAGCAGGAGGAGGAG